UUCCACUUCCGGUAACAACCGGAGCAGUCUGACUAUGGCGCCCUCCAAAGCGAACGGGCCAGCAACAGCGGCUGGGGACAGUGAACUUCGUAAACAGAAGUCGAAGCCGGAGGACCGAGAUGAAUCAGAACUCCUCACUGUUCCUGAUGGUUGGAAGGAACCAGCUUUUUCCAAAGAGGACAAUCCCAGAGGACUCUUGGAAGAGAGCAGUUUUGCAACUUUGUUCCCAAAAUAUAGAGAGGCUUAUUUGAAAGAAUGCUGGCCCUUGGUACAGAAAGCCUUAAAUGAACAUCACAUUAAUGCAACUCUGGACCUGAUUGAAGGCAGCAUGACUGUUUGUACAACAAAGAAGACUUUUGAUCCAUAUAUCAUCAUUAGGGCCAGAGACCUAAUAAAACUAUUAGCAAGGAGUGUUUCAUUUGAGCAGGCAGUACGAAUUCUUCAGGAUGAUAUUGCAUGUGACAUAAUUAAAAUCGGUUCUUUAGUAAGAAAUAAAGAAAGAUUUGUUAAAAGAAGACAACGGCUUAUUGGUCCCAAAGGAUCUACGUUGAAGGCAUUGGAACUCUUAACAAACUGUUAUAUCAUGGUUCAGGGAAACACAGUUUCAGCCAUUGGACCUUUUAGUGGCUUAAAAGAGGUCCGAAAAGUAGUCCUAGAUACUAUGAAGAAUAUUCAUCCAAUUUAUAAUAUUAAAACCUUAAUGAUUAAACGAGAGUUGGCAAAAGAUUCUGAAUUAAGAUCACAAAGUUGGGAAAGAUUUUUGCCACAGUUCAAGCAUAAAAAUGUGAAUAAACGCAAGGAACCAAAGAAAAAAACUGUUAAGAAGGAGUAUACACCAUUCCCACCACCACAGCCAGAAAGUCAGAUUGAUAAAGAAUUGGCUAGUGGUGAAUACUUUCUGAAGGCAAGUCAAAAGAAGCGACAGAAAAUGGAAGCAAUAAAGGCUAAACAAGCAGAAGCUCUCACUAAGAGACAAGAGGAAAGAAACAAAGCUUUUAUUCCACCUAAAGAAAAACCAGUUGUGAAACCUAAGGAAGCUUCUACUGAAACUAAAAUUGACGUGGCUGCCAUCAAGGAAAAGGUAAAGAAGGCAAAGAAUAAGAAACUGGGAGCGCUAACAGCUGAAGAAGUUAAGCUUAAAAUGGAAGCCGGUGAAAAGAUAAAGAAGAAGAAAAAGUAAUAUACACGCACAAAAAUGCCCUGAACUAGAACUUAUUAAACUUCUCCUUUUGUAAAGGACUUUGCGAUACUAGGUCAUUAGUUGCCUUAUAUGUGAGAAGUAAUACUCGAAUUACUUUUUCUGAGUUUGUUGUGUUCUUUAUAAAUAUAAAUUAUUGUAUUCUCCGUGGUUUUUGAAAAAUUUUAUACUGGAGAGUGUAUAUAUGUCUGUAUACAUUGCACCUAAUCUGUUCCAGGCAGGCUUGGUCUAGCAUGAUUUUAGGAGUGAUUCUUUAGGUUGUUUAUAUAAAGAUUUUUAGGAUGUAGCUUUUGUAAUUAUCCAUCAAAUCAAAUGUCUGAUACCAUUGGUUAGUCUUUAAAUACAGGGCGGAGCAAAAGUAGGGUUACACUUGUGAGUACUCGAAACAGAGUUUAUUCUUGUAUUAUUUAUUAAUUAUUGUAUUAUUUUCUGUACGAACCACUGUAAACCUACUUUCACCCCAACCUGUAUAACUGUGUCCCAGCAUUUGGUUUUGAGGAAAAUAAAUGCAGGCUUUUCAUUGCUCUCUCUACUGAUAACACACAUUUAUGCUUAUUCCUUUCUGUAACCUUACAUUUUGUUCCAAGAUUCAACAACCCAUAAGCAAAAAAAAGCAAGGCCUAUUAAAUCAGAUUCCUUAAUUACUAUUCUGUUCUGAGUCUGGGAAUGUGAUAAACCAGAAAGACAUCAAAUUGUACAUGGGUAAAACCAGAUAUUUAGAGUUGAAUCAGCAUGCAACAGGUUAUGUAGAAAUGUUUUUACUCAUGAAGGCCAAUGGAGUUAUUUAGAAUCACCUAAAUCUAGCUCACUCAUUUUAGGUUACUUACUGAAGGUCACAGUGUGGUAGCCUGAAAACAGUGCUUAUUCAUAGAAAAGUGGGAAGUAAAUGUGAGUUUAUCCUAUAGAAUUAGGAAGUUUCUUUUGGUUAUGGCUUUACUGUAAUAAUGUACUUUUUUCUGGAAUGUUUUAAAAUUUGAAGUACACCCAAUUAUUUUUUAAAAUCAUCUAUAAAUGAGUUUGUAAGCUUUUUUCUAGGAUUGUAUUAGUCCAGAAGGACUAAAAGAGUCUAUUUGUGCUUGACCAAAAUGGUAAUAAUAGCACUCAGUAUUAGUAUUGGUGGACUAACAAUGAGAAAGAGUGAUAGGUAUCUAUUAUGUGAAUAUAUUGCCCAGUCUGGAAAUAGAGUAAUCUGUGAAACAAACACAGUAUCCUCUUAAUUGUUGUUUCUCAUACUGCAGUAACCUAAUUCACAAAUAUCUUAAUGAAACAAUUAAGAUUUAUAUACAUAUGCAUGACUUGGUCUCACUGUGGGCUAGCUGUAAAGUCAGAAAAGAAAAAAAUUAAAAGAGUAGGUUCUGGUCAGGCUUUUGUUUUGUUUUUAAAAGCCAAGUUUCUAAUUAUAACCAUUAACUUGCUUUGGCUUUAUUGCAGUGAUUUUCAAAGGUUAAUUUUUAAAGA